UGAUGAACGUAAAGACUUCGAAGAACCAGAAUGCGAUCAAAUGCAGUACGAGAGUAUCGAUACCACCGUACACGAUGAACCGCUAAAAGAUUCAGUUUCUAGCAAUCAUGAGAAAGAGAAACAAAAUUUAGAUGAAGAAAAAUUAGAUGAAAAAUGCGAUGGAACAAAAACUAGAAAAAACGCAAGGAGUGAGAAGAGAAAACUAGUUUCUCAAUCGCCAACAGUAGGCACUGACCCAGGAGAAGUAUUAGCAGAAAAAUGCACUUCUCGAUCUUCCCAAAAGUUCUUAUGUAAGGAAAAAGAUUGUGGCCGAAAAUUCAAAUCCAAUACUGCAUUUGCAUACCAUCAAUUGCAACAUUCUGGAGAGAGACCAUACAAAUGUAAAUCAUGCGAAAAGUGCUUUUUGACCUGCAGUGCUCUGAAGGUGCACGAACGGUUACAUUCGGGUGAAAAACCAUACAAAUGUGAUGAGUGUGGUAAUAAUUUUCGACAAUGGGGCGAUCUUAAGUAUCAUCAAAUAUCCAUACAUUCAAAUGAAAAAAGCCAUAAGUGUGAAUACUGCGGGAAGGAGUUCGCUCGACGCUAUUCGCUUGUGCUUCAUCGGCGUAUUCACACCAACGAGAAAAAUUUCAUUUGCGAUUUUUGCAAUAAAGCGUUCCGGGCUAGUUCGUAUUUGCAUGCUCAUCGAAUGAUACACACCGGCGAGAAACCACAUCAAUGCAGUAAAUGUGAUAAGAAAUUCCGCUGCCACGGAGACUUAAACAGGCACCUCAAAACACAUACUCGCACCAGUAAUUUACGUACAGUGCCAAAUAACGAUGCACAGGCUAACAAGAGCGACGUAUUACAAAUCGGAACCAUUACAAUUGAAAAAUUGAAAAUUAAUGAUGUAAAAAAGGCUGCUAAACAAAAAUGCAGAAAUAUUUUGAAGAAAAACAAUAACAGCAUAGUUAUUGCAUAACGCAUUUUUUGCGUAGCGUUGUUUCGCCUUACUAAAUCAUAGAGUAUGUGAAG